CUUCCAAGGUAGGCCUACUGUGAGGUAAAAAUGGCAGAUGAAUUUGAAGAAUUCAAGAUCACUGAUUAUGAUCUGGAGAAUGAAUUCAAUAUCAAUCGACCUUAUCGAAAGCUGACUAAGAAUCAACAGAUAUAUGGCAUAUGGGCAGAUGAGAGUGAUGAUGAGGGGGGGCAUACUGGCCUUGGUUCAAGAAAUCAUAAACGCAAGCCUGAUUACACUACUCCUCUCUCAUUUGUGGCAGGUGGUAUUCAACAGGCAGGCAAGAAGAAACCUGAAGAUGAGGGUAAAGUUAAGAAAGAAUCACAUGGAAGUUCUAGCAGUGAAACAGAAGAAGAGGAAGUCAAAGUACCAGUUCAGCUGCAAAGAAGGAGAAGACAAGGAAUGUCUGGUGGUCUAGAUAAGGGAUCCAUGCGAUCCAUCGGUGAGUGGGAGCAACAUACUAAAGGAAUAGGGAAAAAACUGCUUCUUCAAAUGGGGUAUCAGCCUGGUAAAGGACUUGGAAAGGAACUCCAGGGCAUUGCAACUCCCAUUGAAGCCCAUAAAAGGAAAGGAAGAGGUGCCAUUGGUGCAUAUGGGGAAGAGAAAAAGAUUGAGCCAGCAAAAGUAAUUGAGCAGGAUGAAGAGAAGUUAAUUUCCAAAGAUUCACAUUGGAGGAAGGGUGACCGCAAGGCAAAGAAGAUCAAGUAUGUAUAUAAGACUGUAGAAGAAGUCAUUGAAUCAGGGAUUGGUGCUCCUGUGAACAAAGAUGACAGUUCCAUAACAGGAGUGAAAGUCAUUGAUAUGACUGGAAAAGAGGCUCGUGUGUUAAGUGGCUACAGUGCCAUUCAUGGGACUCAAAAGAAGCCAGCAGAAGAAGACCUUUCAGCUGAGAAGGAGAGAAGACGUUUUGACCUCCCUGAAUUGAUGCACAAUCUUGAUCUUCUUGUUGACAGGGCAGAACAACAAAUUAUCAGGCUGGAUCGCAGGAAAAAGAAUGCAGAAAAUCGGAUGAUUGCUUUGGAGCAAGAAGAAGAGAAGUUAUCAGAACGGAUUGAAGAAGAGAAGAAGGCUGUGAGUGAGAUGCAGAGAAUCUUGACCCUUGUGGACAACCUGGAACAACGUUCAUCAAAAGGGAGCUUGGAUCCUGAAGAAGCCUUAAGCAUGUUCCAGGAAAUGAAAGACGUAUAUGAGAAAGAAUAUGAACGCUAUCAACUCCAUCAACUGGCUGGUCCUAUUGUGAUUCCCACCAUGAAGGAGUAUUUCAAGAACUGGAAUCCUCUAUCUGAUCCUAAGCAUGGUGUCAAGCUGAUGAAGGCAUGGAAGGACCUGCUGGAUGAUCAUGUGUCCCAUAGGGGAACAUCAGCUUCUGAUGAUCCCUAUCAACAGCUGAUAUGGGAAGCCUGGCUUCCACCUGUACGAUCUGCUCUAGGGAACUGGCAGGUUCGUGAGUGUGAAGGUGUCUUGCAACUGUUAGAGGAGUGGCUGCCUCUCCUUCCAAAUUGGUGUUUGGCACAUACUCUUGACCAACUUAUUAUGCCUAAAAUCCAAGCAGAAGUGAAUGCAUGGAAUCCAUUGACAGACACAGUGCCCAUUCAUGCUUGGAUUCACCCUUGGCUUCCUUUCAUGGACACACGUUUAGAGGUCUUGUAUCCAAUCAUCAGGGGGAAGUUGGGCUCAGCAUUAGCAAGUUGGCAUCCAAGUGAUCGUUCAGCAAAGCUCAUUCUCCAACCUUGGUUGAGGGCUUGGGGUAAAGGAACAACAGAAGCAUUUCUCCUUCGACACAUUGUCCCAAAACUUCAAGUGGUACUUGAAGAGUUUGUCAUUAAUCCACAGCAGCAACAACUAGAUCAGUGGAAAUGGGUGAUGGAAUGGGAAGGGUUUGUCUCAUCAGCUACAAUGUCUUCUCUGUUGGAUCGAUGUUUCUUCCCACGGUGGCUUCAGAUCCUUGUUACAUGGCUGAAUCACCAGCCAUCAUUUGAGGAAGUGAGGCAAUGGUACCUUGGCUGGAAGCGGCUCAUUCCUGAAUCUUUGAUGUCUGAUCCCAUCAUCCAAAAGAACCUGAAUGAUGCCCUGGAAAUGAUGCAGAGAGCAGCAGCAAGACUGGACUCCAUCCCAUCAACUAGAAUGUUUCAACCUCCCCCUCACCCUGUUCCUCCAGCAGCUACUCAUGAAAGAAACCUCCAGACAUUGGCCAGAGGAGUGCAGAUGCACGGUUCUGUACCUCAGGGCUUCAAGGAGUUGGUUGAGAGGCGAUGCGAGGAGAAGGGGAUUCUCUUCCAUCCUGUACCUGGCAAGUUCUACGAGGGGAAACCGAUCUAUCGCUGUGGAGGGGUUCAGAUCUACAUUGAUCGCAGUGUGAUAUUCCUUUUCCAAAAUGGGGUGUGGGUCCCCACUUCCUUGCAGAAUUGUCUAGACAUGGCACUUGCCUCCAGCAUUCCCUAAAAGUGUUCUGAUUCCAUGUAUGAAAGAGUGUGAAUCAGAGAGUAUGAGAUGGAUGGGUCUUUGAAAACAAUGGCAUUUUAUGUGAUUGUUUACCAGAGAUGAGAAAUGCUCUCAUAUAUUUGAAAAUAAAUGCUUCACAGACAUGUAAGGAAAAC